GCUCGCUCCCUUCGACGCGCAGCGCAACUCGCAGCAGGCGUUCUUCCGCCGCAAGCUGAACAACAGGAACUUCGCUGCCCACCGCGAGAACCUUGUCCAGAGGCUCUUGAAGCAGGGCUUGAUGGAAAGCACCAGAGGGGAAGCGUGGGCGAUCCCGUCCAAACAGGACACGAUGGUUGCUGGCGAAACCGACCGCCGGUUUUCCACGGGCGUUCGCCAAAGUUCAUAUCUGGAGUAUCUGAUGGAGAUUCACGACGAGCUCCAUUCUGGAGCUCAGACGUCCUUCCUCGGAAAAUACGAUUACGCCAAGGAGUCGGAGAUCGACUGGGCGAAGCAUUGCAAGGCCAAGGGCAUCGCGGCCAGAAGCGUUCCAACGAAAGGGAACAUCACUUACAGGAAUACGUAUUGGAGGUGGCUCGUGGAGACCCGCAGGUCGUCGCUCAGGAACUGGCCAAUGCAUUUCAAGACAAAUAAUUUCGUAGGGGUGAUGGCCCCGCGAAAGCAGAUCGGGAUCUACGAGCAGCUCGCAGAAGAAGAGUGCGACAUGGGCAAUGCAUCGUUGAGCAUAGAAGACAUGCUGCCCAUCGACUACGACCUGUUCGCGUCAGUCACCCAGCUCGCCGACGCGAUCCCGAAGGAGCAUCUCGACGUCAUUUUGCAGGAGGCGCUGAGGCCGGUGCGCCCGGGCGUCAGCGAGGGCGAAGAUGGCUUG